AAGGUCUAGCCCUCUCUACACCAGCUCUGAUCUCUCUCUUCGCAGGUUCUUGCAAAGAUUGCUGUCUUUUUCUCUCAUUAUCUGCAAAAGUUGUAUUUCUCCUGAGAGGAAGCCAAUUUGAAAGACGCAGAGCUGCCGGGGCCUGGAUUUACAAUGUUAUCUUACAGAUUACUGGCUUUCUUUUCUCUUCUCGUUACUUCUAUCUUCUUUUCCUUCUCGCAAGCAGGGCCUCACUUUCCCACCACCCAAACACCGCCGAUUUCAGGGCAAGAUUUCGGGGAGGUAAAUGGGGGGUUGGUUUCUUGGGGGAAUAAAAGGUUUCUCGCCGAGGGGUCCAGUGAUGAAGCUCCGGUGAGCUCUUCUCUGGUGUUGGCGGCUGAGAGGACGCGCAGGAAAGACCCCCUUGAUGGGUUCAAGAAAUACACUGGAGGAUGGAACAUCAGCGAGCGCCAUUACUGGGCUUCUGUUGGCUUUACUGCUGCUCCGUUCUUUGUUAUUGCAGCUGCCUGGUUUCUGGUCUUUGGACUCACCUUAUCUCUCAUCUGCCUCUGCUAUUGCUGUUUUAGAAGGGAGCCUUAUGGCUAUUCUCAAGCAGCUUAUGCUCUCUCCCUUUGUCUCCUCAUACUGUUCACUGUUGCUGCAAUUGUUGGAUGUGUUGUUCUGUACACUGGUCAGGGGAGGUUUCAUGACAGUACGAGAAAAACAUUGGACUACGUUGUGAAUCAGGCCAAUGCUGUUGUCCAGCAACUUAGAGAUGUUUCAGAUUAUCUUGCUGCGGCUAAGCAAGUUGGAGUGCUCAAAGUUUUUCUACCAUCUAACGUCCAAACUGACAUCGACGACAUUGAAAGCAAGAUUAAUUCUUCUGCCACCACCCUUGCUUCUAAGACUCAGGAUAAUUCAGGAGAUAUAAAGGAUCUAUUGGAUUCCAUGAGAUUGGCUCUCAUCAUUCUUUCUGCUGUCAUGCUGGCCUUGACAUUUCUCGGGUUUGUAUUCUCAAUUUUCGGCAUGCAAUUUCUUGUCUACAUCUUGGUGAUCAUUGGAUGGAUACUUGUUACGGGUACAUUUAUUUUAUGCGGCGUAUUUCUUCUUCUUCACAAUGUGACUGCAGACACGUGUUUUUCAAUGAAUCAGUGGGUUGAAAACCCAACCUCACAUACAGCUUUAGAUGAUAUAUUGCCUUGUGUGGAUAAUGCAACGGCCCAGGAAACUCUAAGGCGUAGCAAGGAAGUCACUUCUCAACUCGUGGAUGUGAUCAAUGAGGCCAUCACCAAUGUCUCGAAUAUUAACUUGGCUCCUGCCUUUGCCCCAUUAUACUACAAUCAGUCUGGUCCUUUGCUGCCACUCCUGUGCAACCCCUUCAAACCUGAUCUCACGGACCGAGCUUGUACUGCCGGUGAAGUGGACUUGGACAAUGCAACAGAGGUGUGGAGAAACUACGUAUGUCAGGUUUCAGCGAGCGGGAUUUGCAUCACAACGGGCCGUUUAACCCCAACAAUCUACAACCAGAUGAUUUCUGGCGUAAACGUGAGCUUCGCUUUAUAUCAUUAUGGUCCAUUCCUAAUUGAUCUACAGGACUGCACCUUCGUUCGACAAACCUUUACCGAUGUAAGCAGUGAUCACUGCCCUGAUCUGAAGCAGUACAGCGAAUGGAUCUAUAUCGGGUUGGUGAUCGUCUCUGCUGCAGUUAUGCUCUCUCUGCUUUUCUGGGUUAUAUACGGGAGAGAGCGUCGACACCGUGCUUAUACAAAACAGCACGACGCCGAGUUUGCUGGAGCGUUUGAACGGGAGAAGAAUGGCUAGAAAACUCUCCCGUGCAUGUACAAGUUAAUAUUAGGCCGUUGCUAUGUGUCUAGUAACUUACCCUCCUCGAGUGUUAUUUGGCUUAUUGAAAUGGUAGCUUGUAGAGGUUCCAUUUGUUUACUACUGCAGAUUUCCAGAUGGUUUUGUGGCUAAUUGAUGGGUUUUACGUGGCCGUGUUGUUGUGGUGAUAUCAGAAUUCAGAAGUAUAAGCCAACUUGAUUUGCGGUUCUAGUUUACUUCCGACUGAACAA